GUAAAAAUGUUUUUAUUAUUUAUUAUAAGUUCAAAUUUAUUUUAUCAAAUAGAAUCAGCUAAAAUAUUAGCAUUUUUUCCAAUACCAUCAAUUAGUCAUCAAGUUGUGUUUCGUCCACUUACACAGGAAUUGGCAAAACGAGGUCAUGAAGUGAUUGUGGUUACACCCGAUCCAGCUUUUCCAAAAGAUCAAACACCAGAUGGAUUAACAGAAAUAGAUGUUCAUGAAAUAUCUUACAGUUAUUGGGAAAAAUUUCUAGAAACUGCGACUGGAAAUGAAGAUGAUUUGGCAACACAACUGGAAGUAGCAUUUGAUUCGAUAGCUGUUAUAUUUGAAAAACAAUUAGAAGUGAAGGAAGUUAAAGAAAUCCUUAACAAUAAGAAUGUGACAUUUGAUAUACUUCUUCUGGAAGCUUGUGCUAUGCCAGCAUUAUCUUUAUCCUAUGUUUAUAAAGCACCAGUUAUUUUAGUAAGUUCUUUCGGUGGUCUAAUCGGAAAUUAUGAAUUACUUGGUGCACCGAAUGAUCCAAUAUUCUAUCCAUUACCUAUAAGACAGAAACUAUACAAUUUAACAACAUGGGAAACAUUGAAAGAAAUAUAUUACAACCAUUAUCAAAUGUUUGGACUAUUUGAAAAUCAGGAAAAGAAGCUGGAUAAAUCUUUUAAAAGGAUCUUCGGUCCAAACUUUCCAGGACUAGCUACGUUAAAGAAUAACGUGCAAAUGUUGUUUUUAAAUAUACAUCCUAUUUGGGACAACAAUCGACCAGUACCACCUAAUUUAAUAUAUAUGGGAGGACUACACCAAAAUCCGAGAAAAGAAUUACCACGCGAACUGACUUCAAUACUAGAUGCUUCAAAGGACGGUGUUAUUUAUUUUAGUUUCGGCACUAACGUAGAUCCUGCUUUAUUACCGCCGAAAAAGAUCAGAAUAUUUUUAAACGUUUUCUCUAAGCUUCCAUACACUGUAUUAUGGAAAUGGCAGUCUAAAAUGGCUUACAACGUGCCUUCUAAUGUCAAAGUUAUGAAGUGGUUCCCACAGUCAGAUUUAUUAAGACAUCCGAAAAUCAAACUAUUUAUAACACAAGGAGGUUUACAAUCGACAGAUGAGGCUAUAACAGGGGGGGUUCCAUUAAUAGGGAUACCGAUGCUCGGAGAUCAAUGGUUUAAUGUUGAAAAAUAUGUACAUCACGGACUCGGAGUAAGACUGGAUUUGGACACUCUUACUGAAGAUAAUCUUUUAAACGCUAUUAAAGAUGUCAUUGAAGAUGAAAGGUACGAACUUACUUAUAUUCAUAAGGUAGCAAACAACCGGCCAACUGAACUUGUCGAAACAGAGAAGCGACAGCUACCGAUGGACAUCAGCAAUCGAUGAUCGGUUGCCUUCCUUUUAUCACCCUUUCUAUGCGUUCCACCCUCAUUCAAAUCAUCAUCCCCUUUCCAUCCUUUCGUUAUAUGAAAAAAGUGGGAAGGUCUAAGGGUCUGCAAUAGUCCACCGGCGUUGUUAGUCAUCGAAACGCGUAUUUUUACUCCACGCCUGUCUUCUGUGUGGUCAUGGUAUAGCUAUGAGCGAACCUACCCAUUGCAUCAAAUGGCUUCUACCACUGUAAACUUAUGUUAAUAGUAAUUUAUCCAUUUAUAAAUUUAAAAGA